UUUGUUGGUGCCCUAUGUGGAAAAGUUUUCUCGCGUUGAAGAAAAAGUUGUCUAUGCUUAUGCUGCUGGAAGUAUGAUGGUUAAAGCAUUAACUACAGCUAGACGAAUUAAUAAAUAUAAAGAAAUGGUUGAAAAUGUUGAAGAAAAAAUGUUAAAAAUUAAAGAAGAGAAGGGAAGGGUGAUGAUGGAAAUGAAUAAAAAUGGACACGAAGAAGGAACAAUAGUUGAAGAAGGAGAAAGGGUGGAAGAAGAAGAAGAGGAAGAAAAGGUAGGAAAGUGA